GGAAAAGAAAUAUAUAACUGAAAAAGCAUAUAUAUAUAUAUAUAUAUAUGUAUAUAUAUAUAUAUGAAAAAUACAGGCCAUUUCACAUAAUUCAUCCUAUGUCUGUUAUCUUCCCCUCCUAGCAAGGCCACAGGUCAUUUAUUCAUAGACAGUAGUGCUGGUGAGGUGGUGAUGACUGCCUGCUGCCUUUAGCAACACUCAUCUCUCAGUCAAUUUGGAUGUCCCUUCCACUGGGAAGACUCUCCUGAGUCCCCAGAACUGGGUAGGAUUUCCCUCCUACUGGACUGUCAGAGCAUUUUUCCCUCUGUAUUUAACUCCCUGUUGGCUUUUCUGUCUCCCCAUGGGGAUGAAAGCUUAUCAAGUCUUGCUGGCCACUAUGUUUCCACCACCUGGUGCCAUGCCUACCAUGUGAUUAUAUAUUUGUUGAGAUAUUCCUGUAGCAAAUUUUAGAUUCUAUGACCUGAAGUUGAAAAUUUCAUGGUCUAUUCUCCAAGAAGAGCAUGAUAGGGCUAUAAUUUAUUCAUUUUGCAUCCUACUCAGAUCAAAGUUUGUUGCUUCCUCUGAGACAAAUGAGUCAAGAUAUUUUCAUAUAAGUGAAAGUUGUCUCAUGAUUCAAAUGCUUCGUCUUAUAUCAAUAGUCAGCCGAGGUGUUCCAGCAGAGCCUUGUCAGGGGCCAGAAGAGGGCAUUUCUGUGUUGAAUGAGUUCUCCGACUCUGGAGUAAUUUAGCUAUAUCCUUGGAUUAUGUGAAUCUCAACAGGACUGGUGUCUUAUCUGAUAUCUGGGAACAGGGAGAAUAAGUUGUAGGUUCCUUGGAAGACAAAGCCUGGAGUGUUCUGAAACUAUGACAACGUAAGCCUUGAGAAGCUAUUCAUACCAGAUGUCACAGCAGUGCCUAAAUAUUCUUAUCAAAUAUUGACUUUCAUCAUUGAGAUUUUCUCACACUGGGCAACAUACUCAUUGAUAUUUUAAGAAAGAUUCCUCCACUUCCCUCUUUCACUUCAUUAACUCAACCAGCUAUACUCAGAGAAGCACUUUGCUGAACUCACUCCCCAGUGCUGGGAACUGACCUGUCUGCCAAAAGAUGCUCCUCAGGAUCCCAGAGCAGACUUCCAUGCUACUGUGGGCAUCCUUGCUGGUCCUCGCCUGAGCUUUUGGCCAUGGCCUUACCUGCUUCUCCAGGGUGGAUGGCACUGAACAUGUUUCUUCUCCUUUUGGCUGGAAGUGGAAAAUGGGCAGCUGCUAUCCCCCGAUCCGUGAUCUCCCUCCAGCCUCCAUGGACCACAGCCUUCCAAGGAGAGAGAAUAAAUCUGACUUGCAAUGGAUUUCAAGGCUCUGCACCAGCAAAAGUAAAGUGGUACCGUAAGAACUUUAGGAAGAGAUAUCCAAGGGAAACGCCAGGAAAUACCCUUGAGGUUCGUGAUUCUGGAGAAUACAAAUGCCAGGUCCCGGGCUCACUCCUGAGUAACCCUGUGUACUUGCUCUUUACUCCAGCCUCCUUCAUUCUCCAGGCCCCACAUUCUGUGUUUGAAGGUGAUGAGUUGGUUCUGAGAUGCCAGAAAAGGGGAAAAGAGAGACUGACUUCUGUGAAGUACACUUGGAAUGGAAAAAUUAUUUCUAAUUCCAAUAAAGGCGUGGAACUUUUGAUACCACAAGCAAGUCUAAACAACAGUGGCAGUUACCAAUGCAUCGGAUCCUUUGAAAACGCUUACAUAUUGAAAUCAAAUCUCAAAGUUAUUCGAAUUCAAGAACUGUUUUCACGGCCAAAGCUGACAGUCACAGACUCCCAGCCAAGGGAGGGGAAUUCUGUCAACCUGACCUGUGAAACACAGCGUCCUCUAGAGCGGCCGGACACUCGGCUUCACUUCAUCUUCUUCAGAGGCAGCGGAGUCACCCUCUCCAACUGGAGCAGGUCCCCAGAACUCCACAUCACAGCCAUCUGGAGAGAAGACUCAGGGACAUACUGGUGUGGUGCUGAGACAGUGACCAGUGGUGUCCACAAACUCAGCCUCCCGCUUCAGAUCGAUGUUCAGAGAAUCCCUGUGUCUGGAGCGCUCCUAGAGACCCAGCCCCAGGGAGGCCAGGCAGUGGAAGGGGAGACACUAGUCCUUGUCUGCUCCGUGGUUGAAGGCACGGGGGACACCACAUUCUCCUGGUACAGAGAAGACAUGGAGGAGAGUCUGGGGAGGAAAAGUCGGCGUUCCCAGAGAGCAGAGCUGGAGAUCCCUGUUAUCUGGGAGAGCCACGCAGGGUUCUACUACUGCACAGCUGACAACGGCCAUGGCCUCAUCCAGAGUGAAGCAGUGAACGUCACUGUAAUAAGUAUGCCAGGGAACAGAAGAGGCCUCGUGGCUGCGGGUGCCACUGGGGGGACACUCAGCUUUCUUCUUCUGGCUGUGGCCCUGCUGUUUUACUGCUGGCACCAGAGGAAACCAGAGACUUCCCUGAGUCGAAGCCUGAACCCAUCAUCUUGUAUUCCAAUGGCCGUGCUCUCCACAAGCCAGCCUGCUGGCUCCCCCUCUACCCAGGGGAGAGAAUUUAUCCCAGGAGAUGGUUUACUGGGAGACACAACCAGGAGCCCCCUUACUCUGGGCCCAGGGGAGCCUCCCCCUCCCAAAUGUCCUGCCUCGGUGGAGCUUCAACAGUUGUACAGCAAUGUGCAUCUCAAAGAAGGAGACUUGGUAUAUUCUGAGAUCCAGAUUAUUCAGCCAGGAGAGGGGCAGGCUAAAAACUCCAGAACAUUUCUAGAGGAUCAGCAUGCCUCGAUUGUCUACUCUGAGGUGAAGACACAGCCCCAAGAUGAUGUGGCUGGAAAGAUCAGCUCUAAAGAGGAAGAUGCCAUGGAACGUUAUGAGAAUGUCCUACUCCUGUGACUCAUCCCUGAUCCAAACACCUGUGCAGUCCUCAAGGUCUCUGGAGUGAUUGGCCGGUUCCAACUUUCCAGUCCUUCCUGGCCAUGUGCAUUCAGUUCCAAGGCUUCUGAUUCAUCUACUCUGAGGUGGUGAAGGCUCCUCAAAGACUUCGCUGAAAUAACCAAGAUCCACAGUAAAGAGAAAAGCCUGUGUACUUGCUAUGAGCCUAACUUCCUGUGUUUCCCUGGGGUCUGAUUCAGGGAAAAGGAAUAAGGAAGGAGGAUUGCUGUGGAACAACAGAAGCCCACAUCUUGGUGAACUGGGAUUUGUACCUAGACAGAAGAGCUUAAGUGACUCAGGUUUGUUUAAUACAUCUUCAAUAAUUCUCCCACUGGGGAAUUAUCUGCAUCAAUAGGUUUCACUAUGAGUGGCUGCACCCGUACUUCACAGACGAUGCACAGUCCUGCUUACACUGGUUACACCACCAGGAUUCAGUUGCAGACAAAAGAAUCCAUUCCAAAUGGCUUACAGAUAAAGGAAUUUAAAAGUUUAUAUUAACUACUUUGAAAAAAAAAAUCAUUAGAAGUGCUGGAGAAGCAGGCUCUAGGCUGAACUUCCAAAAGUCAAAUCUAAUUAUGUUAAUAUUAUUAGGGAUAAAGGCUUUUAAAUCAGAGAGAAAUUUUUUUAAAAUAUAUACAAUUAAAGAUAAAAUUUUAAAAAUAAGUAACAACCCUGAAAACAACUGUAAAAUUAAAAAUUAAGUAACAACCCCCCAAACCUAUAUUUGAAUUAGAGAUAUCAGUAUAAACUGAUGGCAAACCCUGCCUUUUCAAAAAAGUUAUUUAUUUCCUAGGUCUGUCCACUGGAAAGGUCUAGAAAUGAUUAGAACCCAAUAUCAAGCAGCACCCAUUUCACUUGUUAUAAUUUAAUUUCCUGCUCAAAGGAUAUAGAGCUAUCUUUCUUAUAGGAGCAGUAACUUUGAGUUAUCAAAUAGGUAGUGUUAAGCUAAUUCUUCCAAUAAAUGAAGAAAGACUGAAAAAGAUAGAAAAUGACUAUUUUGUGUGAAUGUUUCAUGCUACACCUACUGAUUAAGUUAAAAAAAAAAAAAAAAAAAGAUGGAAACGGCCUAACCUUAUGUGCCAUCUGAUGGCAGUAUUCGAUACCACCUACAAAGUAUUUGUGCCUGAAAUGUCACAACUGCAUCCCAUCGAAUCUCUAAAUCUAACCACCAGUUUAUAUGAAAUACACUCGACAAAGGACUAUGUUAAAUAGCACCAUGGAAUUGCACUCAGAAAAAUCUAAACUAUGGAAACAUCCUACAGGAUAAAUGAUCUGGCUUCUUCAACAAAGAAAUGACAGAAGAAGGAAGGAAGGAAAGAAAAAAGGAAGGAGAGUUCUCAUUGUGGCUCAGUGGAAACAAACCCAACUAGUAUCCAUGAGGAUGUGAGUUUGAUCCCUGGCCUCACUCAGUGGGUUAAGGAUCCAGGAUUGCCAGUAGCUGUGGUGUAGGUUGCAGUUGCAUCUCAGAUCUGGCAUGACUGUGGCUGUGGUGUAGGCCAGCAGCUGCAGCUCCAAUUCGACCCUUAGCCUGGGAACUUCCAUAUGCUGCAGGUGCAGCCAAAAAAAAAAAAAAAAAAAAAGGAAGGAAGGGAAGAAAAAAAUGUGAGAGGGAAGACCUAUAAAUUAAAUAAGACUGGAUACAUGUCAGUCAAAAGUAAUGAGUAGUUCUUGACCCAAACAAACGAAGUUAGAAAGAAAUUACUUAUGAAAUACUGAAGGAAAUUUGUACGUAAGUAUGAAGAAAUGAUGUUUAGAUAUGUUUGAAGAUGGUAUUAUUGUGGUUAUGUUUUAUUUUAAAGCUCUUUUACUUCAUACUGAAGUAUUUGUAGACUAAAUAUUAUGACUUUGAUUGAAAUAAUCCAAUAAGAGGAAGGUGGGUAGGAAGUGGGUAGUGGUAUAGCUGAAACAAGAUUGGUCACGGGUGUGCCAUUUCUGAAGCUGGGUGAUAGGUGCACUGUGGGAGGAAGGAGGGCUUAUACCAGCCUAUGCUUUUCUAUGUUUUAAAUUGCCAUAAUAAAAGGUUAAAAUAUCUAUAUCCAGAAUGGCAACUCACUUCAUCACCUCCUUCAUUGUUUCUGCCCUUUGUCUACAGCACCUCUCACCUUACAGCAGUGGUUCCUGUCUCCCUCUUUGCCUCUUCCCUCCUUACAGCCCAUUCCCAGCACUAUGGUCAUUGUGCUCAAAACCUUGCAUUGAAUUCCCACCUUCCUUACAGUAAAAGCCAGAGUCUUUAAGUGCCCACAAUGCUUAACCUGAUCUUUCCUCCCAUGGCCUCCCUGGCUUCCUCUCCUACUACUUUCUCCCUCAUCACUUAGCUGAAGGUGCUCUGCACACACCAGGCAAAUGCCCACUUAAGUCCUUUGCACUGUCUGCUCCCUUGACUUAGACUGUUCUUCCUUCUAGCCAUCAAGGCUUUGAGGUCUACCUGAAUCACACAUACUUAGAAAUUACUUUCCCCCGGCUUCAGCACUUCCAAUCUCCCUUACUCUGCUUUACUUUUUUUCUCCACAGCACUUAUCACUUUAAAAUAUACUAUAAAAUUUACUUAUUUAUGGUGCUUAUUGUAUAUCAGCCCUUUAGAAAUAAGUUAAGGGUGGCAACCUUUGUUCCUUUUGUUCACUGAUACAUCCCAAGCACCUAAAACUGUGCCUGGCACAUUGUAGGUGCUUAACAAAUACUUUGGAACAUAGGAAUCAUCUGUUUCUUUGAGGGAAAUAACCGCUUUCUGCAGAGUGGAAGGGAUCCAUUGUAAACAAUAUAUUAGCCCUUUAGAAAUGUAACAAGCUGGCCCUCCAUGGAUCUGGCACUUGAUCAGACUCAGGUCUCGCCUCUGUGUCUGUCAGGUUGGGCACUCACGAGUGGCCAGACUGGCCAUGGUGAACAGAUACCUAUGUAACUGAAUCCGUACUUAUCCUCAGCAUUUUCCACCAAGGGCACGGUCUACAUGCACCCUUAGAAAAAUCAGUGGGGUAGUUGCGAAAAGAGUGGACUGACCUCACUCAGAGCAAGUUGUCAUGUCCCUCAGAUUACUGAGAUCCUCUUCUGCAGCAAAACUUUCGGUGAGUAUUCAUCAGAGAGAAAUACUUUCAUGCUCUGAGUCCAAUCAGAGAGAUCCACCCAUGUAACUUUUUCCCAAACUUCCAGUUUUGUUAUUUUCAACCCCAGAUCGUAUUUCCCCUGCUCAUGAAUCAGAGUGAACCUCUAUCUCUAGGUAUCUCAUCUUCCAGGCAAAGUGGAUCUCUAGCUGUGCUAUGAAAAAUUGGUCCACUGGCAGACCUUGUCAUCACAGUCCUUCAAGGACUCCUGAGAGUGGGGGCUAUAGAGCUGCAAUAGUCACCUUCAGCUGAUGCUGGCAUAUUUCCACCAGGAUCAGCUUUUUCCUCCUCUGUCAACUGGUCAUAGGGAACUCACCACCAGGCCACAAUUGUUGCUUGAGAGAGAAGUUGAAGAGCAGAGUAUGAGCCCAUCAUUGUUUGUUGAACUUAUUUGUGGCUUCAGGUACUAGAUCUCCUUAAUCCCUACCAUAGUGAUGGUAUGAGCUCUUGGUUAGUGGACUAGACAACUUCCAGCUAAUGAUGAACAGCUCAGAUCCCUAGUGUGUCAUGUUCAAGUAUUCAGUGACUACCUGACCUACUUAGGAGAUUUCUCAAAAAGAGGGCAAUUACUUGAAGAAGGCAUAAGUUUGCUCCAGAAUGCUGGGGUCACUGUCUGUGAUUCUCCUGCUAAGGCUUGCUACAGCAUCCACACAACAUAUUGAUUAGCCUCAGAAUUUUUGGAUCCUUUGGGUGUGCUGAG